AUGGGCCAGUUCGACGCGUCCCUCGGAGCGAUCCUCAUCGGAACCUGGGUCGACUGCAUGUUAUACAUGUGGGAGAUCACACAGAUGUACAUCUGCUUCAAGCGCUUCCCAAACGACCACUCCUUCCUGAAGGCGACGCUGUGGCUGCUUUUUCUCGUGGACACCGUCGGUGCUGCCGCGGGGAACGGCACGGCGUACCUGUAUUUAAUCACGUAUUGGGGAAAUCUGGAAGCCAUCUCGAGGCAAUACUGGACCUUCCCGACGUACUGCACCGCGACCGCGUGCUCGGCCUUGAUCGUCCAAUUAUUCCUUCUGCACCGCUUCCGGAACCUCUCGCGGAACAAUGUCAUCACCCUCGUCCUUGCUGCCAUGAGCGUAACCGCGGUGAGGCCUUCCUCGUCGUCCAGCUCCGGAUCUCCCCCUGACAACGUCCAUACUUAUCAGUGGGUUGGAGGCAUCUAUACCUCCGCGAUCCUAGUCAAGGCCCCGCAUCUCAGUCAACGUGCCCAGCUUGUUACUCCCGUAACUAUAUGGUUCGUAUCGUCCACGGCCUGCGACGUCUCUAUCACCCUUAGCCUCGUCUGGCAAUUCCGACGAGUCCGGACCUCGUUCAAGACGACGCAAACCAUGCUCUCCCGUCUCACCAGCAUGGCCAUCCGCACCGGCUGCGUCACGAGCGUCUUCGCACUGCUCAUCCUCGCCUUCUUCCUCCAAAACCCUCAGGGAAGCAUCGCCGUCGGCCUCAACUCGUGCUUCGGUCGCGUCUACGCCCUGACGAUGCUCUACAACCUCAACACGCGCGCCUCGAUCCGCCGCGCGGCGACGAGCCGGAGCGGUACGAGCGGCGCCAGCGGCGGUCCGAGCUUUACCCCCGGCAACGCCGCGAUCGACCUCGGCCAGAUCCGCGUGGAGACGCAGGUCGUGUCCGACUAUGAGCGCCCGCAGAAGUCCGAUGGGUACUAUGUGGACGAGAGCAUGCUGCGCGACGAUGGGACCCUCGGACGUAGAGCCGUGAAGACCGUGUAG